AGACCACGCCCUCAAAGAUGUAAGCCACGCCCACCGGAAGUGUAUGGUUGGAGGACCGGAAGUUGAGGUUGGGAGGACUUCCGGAAGGAGCGGGGCGGCCGCUCUGGUCGAGAGAUUCGAGUGCUCUGGGAGCACCACCCCAUUUGUGCCCCAUGGAUCCUCCCCCCCCGUCCCCCUUUGCUGCCCCGUUGGAUUUCUGCCCCGAAUGCGGCUCCGUUCUGCCCCACAUCGGCCCCACCCCAAAGGCUCCACCGUGUCUCCACUGCGGCUUCACCCCACGGCGCGAUGGUUUGGAGGGCCGGACGCUGCGCACGGUGCUGGAGCUGAACCCACUGCAGGCACUUAUGGGGCGGGGGGCGGCUGCUGCCCCACAAGUUGCGGGACCUCUGGUGGAACGCCGCUGUUCGCGCUGUGGGUUCGGGGCCAUGCAGUACCGUGUGGGGCAGACCAGGGGGGCCGACGAGGGGCAGACUGUGUUCUACCAUUGCCCACAGUGCCGGUUCCAGGAGAAGGAGGACUCCUGACCCCCAGCUCUGUGUUAAUUAACGGCUCCUUGUUAAUUAAGAGCCUUCUGUUAAUUAACUGUAAUGUUAAUUACUGCCCUCGUUACCCCCCCUGUGUUAAUUACAGCUCAUUAGUCCACUGCUUUUAA